AUGGUCUUCCAAAAGGUGUGCAUUUUUGCAGCUCUCAUUGUCGCUGUGUCGACAAUCUGCUGCAAGCUGCCGUAUAUCGACAGCAAUGGAAUCUUGGCAAGAAAUAGCAAUGCGGAUCAGAACGCAAUGUGCUCGAACACAACUUGGAGUCUCAUGCAAUGCCCACCUCCUCUCAGAGAUGGAGAGUACGUCGCGAUUCUUUAUAAAGUUGACAUGAGCCAAGGAAAGGAUCAAGAAGUUUGGGGACACAACAAUGUUCUCAAGAUGAGCAAUCGAAAAGCGCCAUUGGCAACCGUUGUCACUUGCGAUAUCGGAUGGGGAGCUCUGAUUGCCCCAACUCAUUAUGCUGAUAUGUUCGAGAUUAAAAAUAUGGAAUGCGGAUAUUCAAAGGACGGAAGACGCUAUCGGUUCAAUCGCUAA